AUGUCUUCUCCUUCGUCGGCCCAUUGGCUGAGCCUCGUCGGCAGCAUCUGGCUACAGACCGUCAACGGACCCAACUCCGACUUCCCGGUCUACUCCUCGCAGAUCAAGGAGCUCAAGAACAUAUCCCAGGUGCAGAUCAGCUUCCUCGCCUUCGCUUCUGACGCCGGGAAGCUCCUGGGAUGGUUCUCUGGGGUAGCCGCCCUCUACGUGCCCCUCCGGCUCGUCGCCUUUGUGGGCGCCGGUUUCGGCCUCGUCGGCUACGGCAUCCAGUACCUCUUCCUCAACAGUGCCGGACUCAGGUUCUGGCAUCUCUUCCUGCUCACCGCCCUCGCCGGGAACGGCAUUUGCUGGAUCAACACCGUCUGCUACCUCCUGUGCAUCAACAACUUCGCGUCCAGGGGCCGCGUCGCCGUCAGCCUCGCCACCAGCUACCUCGGCCUCAGCGCCAAGGUGUACACGAGCCUGGCCGAGACGAUAAUGCCCGGCUCCAAAGCCAAGGCGUACCUACUCCUCAAUGCCGUCGUGCCGAUGAUCGUCACCGUUGCCGUGACGCCGUCCCUCAGGCUGUUGGACCUCAAGAGCGAGAUGGUGUCGACCACGGACGACACAGCAUUCAUCGUCAUGUUCGCAAUCACGGUCGCCACCGGAGUCUGCGCCGUUGCCGGAUUCAGCGGGCUGUCAUCCAGGGUCACCCUCGGCGUGCUGCUGGUCGUUCCCGUGCUCAUCCCGAUUGCUCUCAGGAUCCGGAAGAGCAUGAACAAAAUAUGGGAGGCGCGGACGCGCGAGAACAGGACCCAAGAGCUGGGCAGCGACGAUGCUGUGGUCGUCAUCGAGGUGAUGGACAUUGAGACCGAGGAGGAAGAGACGAUGGCGGCGGCGGAGAAGCCCCAGGAGGAGGUCGGGGGCCUCCAGCUGCUCACGAAACCAGACUUCUGGCUCUACUACUUCAGCUACAUGUUCAGUGGCACCCUGGGUCUGGUGUUCUUGAACAAUCUAGGGCAGAUUGCCGAGUCGCGAGGGCUCGCCCAUGCUUCCACUCUGGUCUCCCUGUCGUCUUCGUUUGGAUUCUUCGGUCGCCUCCUUCCGUCAUUCUUGGACUACUACUCUGCAAAAAGCGGUCACUCCAUAUCAAGGACGGCAUCCAUGGCGUCCCUAAUGGCACCCAUGGCCGGCGCCUUCUUCCUGCUGCUCAACCCGGGCAACGCCUUCCUUUACACGAGCACGGCCAUCAUCGGGACGUGCACGGGGGCUAUCGCGUCGGUGGCGGUGUCGGCGACGAGCGAGCUGUUCGGCAACAAGAACUUCGGCGUGAACCACAACAUCAUGGUGUCCAACAUCCCCAUGGGCUCCCUCUGCUUCGGCUACUUCGCCGCGCUCCUCUACCAGCGCGAGGCCGGGGCGCGCGGGAGCGCCAUCUGCUCCGGCGCCAGCUGCUACCGGACGACCUUCGCCAUCUGGGGCGCCACCUGCGUCGUUGGGACGCUGCUCUGCGUAGUGCUCUACUUGCGGUCGCGCGCGCGCAGUCUUGCCGGGAGGUUACCGGUGGGGUUCCAAUGGCUCGGCCGCUUAGCUAAAUUUGUACUCCGGCGCUAA